UUUACCGUAUUGGAAGGAUCAUUUGCUAAGGCAUAACCUAGAUGUGAUGCAUAUUGAGAAGAACUUUUUUGACAAUAUCAUAAAUACAAUCUUGGAUGUGCUAGGCAAGACAAAGGACAAUCUAAAAUCGAGAUUGGACCUUCCUGAUAUAUGUGAGCGUCCUGAGCUAUAUGUUAUGGACAAUGGAAAAGGUCCAAUUCCAAUCUUCAGAUUAGAUGCAAAGGGAAAGAAAGCGCUAUUUGAUUGGAUAAUCAAUAGUGUUAAAUUUCCUGAUGGUUAUGCAUCUAAUCUCUCGCGUUGCGUAGAUAUUAACAGCGGCAAAUUUUCUGGAAUGAAGAGUCAUGAUUGCCAUGUUUUUAUGCAACGUUUGCUUCCUUUCGCAUUGGCUGAACUUUUACCCAAAAAUGUUCAUCAAGCAAUAGCCGGGAUAAGUACAUUUUUCAGAGACCUUUGCUCAAGAUCCCUCACAGCCGAUGGCAUAGCUCUCCUAGAUAAGAACAUUCCUUUGAUCUUAUGCAAUUUAGAAAAAAUAUUUCCACCAUCUUUUUUUGAUGUUAUGGAACAUCUUCCGGUUCAUCUUCCUCGAGAAGUAGCGCUAGGUGGACCUGUUCAGUAUAGGUGGAUGUAUCCAUUUGAAAGGUUCAUGUUCCAUCUUAAAAAGAAAGUGAAAAAUCUGAGCAAGGUCGAGGGUUCUAUUGUGGCGCAGAGUAUAAAUGAAGAGACUUCAUAUUUUUCUUCGUACUACUUCGCACCUAAUGUUCAAACAAAAGCUAGAAAACCAGGCCGCUAUGAUGAUGGCGGUAAGAAACCUUCUCACCACACCGAUAUCCCAAAGAGAUUUACAGAAGUUGGGCGAUUUAGCGGAAAACAACAGUCAGUUUGGUUGACAGAUGAAGAAUACAAACAUGUGCAUAACUAUAUACUUCGUAACUGCGAAGAAGUAUUACCAUAUGAGAGUGUAGGUGGUGAUGACAAUGCAGAUGAAUUUGACGAUUCUGACAAUUCAAGUCGGUCAAGCGACUCAUCAGAUUCAGAUGAUCAUGAGUAG